GAGCCCAGCCACGGUCUCAGAAAAUCAAGAAGGAAUGUCGAGUGAUGAUAAAAACAAACCUAGUGAACCCAAGAAUGAGCCCAAGCAAUGUGAUCCCAGGUGUGAACAAAGGUGUGAGACUAAAUGCCAGCCCAGCUGUUUAAAGAAGCUGCUGCAACGGUGCUCUGAAAAGUGCCCACAGGAAAAGUGCCCAGCACCACCAAAGUGCCCAUGUCCCCCAUGCCCCCCACUGUGUCCUCCACCAUGCCCCUGCCCAGCUCCCUGUCCUCCCAAGCCAUGUCCCAAGCUCUGUCCUCCUAAAUGCCCACAGCCCUGCCCACCCCCAGAGUGA